UUGAUGCGGAAGGAUUGUUCUACGUUUUUUGUCAUCGUCGCAUCAAAUAAUCGCGACUCGAUUUUGCCGCCGAUGAAGCUCUAGUCGUUGACAUUUGCACUCCGGUCGACAUUCGCACGCCGGAGAAAACGUUUGCACGGCGUUACUGCAGACGAUUGACGGCCGACUGAUCUAUUCACGCUGCCGAUCGCCUGUGGGGGCAUCCGUCAUCUGUCGCCAAACUUUUCAACGAGCGCCUCACCUUCAUCAUCAUCAUCGCAUCGCGGUGACUACAAGAGCAUCCCUGCCCGGUGCCGGCCGUCAAGAUGGCAGCAGCCCCUUGGUACGCCGGCGCCAACUCGACGUACGGCAACGGCAGCUUCAGUGACGACGAGCGCGAGGCGAUCAUCCACGAAACGCGCAUCGGCUUCAUCAUCAGCGGACAGCUGCUGCCGAUCAUCGGCGUCAUGGGAGUCGUCGGUAACUGUAUGUCGCUAGCGAUCCUCUGCCGACGCGAGAUGCGCUCGUCGAUCAACCUCUACCUAAGCGCGCUGAGCGUCUACGACACGCUGCUCAUCAUCACGGCGAUCCUCUGCUUCGCCUUCCCCGCGAUGCACAUGUACGACCAGCUGCACGCGCAGACGAACGUGCUUGCCGGCUACGUCGCCGUCUACCCGUUCAUGAUCCGCUACAUGUACCCGAUCGCGUUGUUCGCGCAGACGGGCUCCGUCUGGCUGACCGUCUCCGUGAGCGUCGAGCGUUACAUCGCCGUCUGUCACCCGCUGAAGGCGCGCUCGAUGUGCACGAUGUCGCGUGCGAAGACCGUCAUCUCGAUGGUGAGCGGCCUGUCGCUCGCCUACAACAUGCCGCGCUUCUGGGAGACGGACACUGAGGAGUGGACGGACCCGGUGACGAACGUCACCGUCGUCGAGCACUGCAAGUCGGAGCUGCGCAAGAACGAGAACUACUACGUCAUCUACUACGUGCUUAUGUACCUGCCGAUCAUGAACGUCGUGCCCUUCCUCGCGCUGGCGAUCUUCAACGUGCUCAUACUGCACGCCGUGCGCAAGGCGCGCAGCGAGCGCAUACAGAUGAGUCGGCGGCAGGAGAAGGACAUGAACACAGCAAUGAUGCUCAUCUGCAUCGUCGCCAUCUUCUUCGUCUGCAACACGAUGGCCGUCGUCAUCAACAUACUCGAGCUGGCGCGCCUGCUCUACGUCAGCGCGCUGAUGGUGCACUUCAGCAACCUGCUCGUCACCUUUAACUCGUCGAUCAACUUCAUCAUCUACUGCAUCUUCGGCAAGAAGUUCAAGCUGCUCUUUCUGAAGAUCUUCUGCCAGCGGCAGCCGGAGGCGCUCGCCUUCUCGCGCGCCUUCUCGAUGAAGAGCAUGUACGGCACCAGCUUCUACGAGCAUUCGGCCAGCGGCAGUUCCGUGUACCGGUCGAGUUGUCGCUCGCAGCGUACGAUACCGGGAAGCCUGGAGAGCUUAGCCAGCGGCCGGAGUCCGCGGCUGAGCAACGGCUUAGCGCGCGGCUACCGCCAUGCGAACUCGCGAACGCCGAACCAAUGUAAUAACGGCGUCGCGCCCGCAAGAGGACGUCGGAACUGCCCGAAGUCCAGCGACUCGCUGUACAUAAUAGUGUCGGAGGUGACGUCGUUGACCGAUCCCAAAGACAGCGUGCGCUUGUGAACGUGAAAGCUUCGCCUGCGGGCUUAGGACACGAUUAGCAUCGUUUCUGUACGAAAGAGUAUAUAUAUGCGUGUGCUCACGAAGCGCAGGGCGGACGUGUGGCAAAUACGACGAAGGUUACAACGCUACUGAUCACCUUGGCUCCAAAAAAUCAACCAACUGUUCAUAUAUCACGCACUUGCGACUUUGUACAACAUAGCCGUCUGCAGAUAAUGCUGGUAACAAUGCACGUUUCCGAGUUCAAAUCCCGAGUUUAAGCAAAUACCGCCGAUGGACACGUGAUUUCUUUCUAUAACAUGCAUAAUACCAGAAGUAGAUAAUAGGGAAUCUCUAAGGGGUCCCUAUUAUCUAGUUCUGAUAAUACUAACUGAAACUGAAAACUAAUCUCUGUGUAAUUACUGCCUGUUUCAUUACGCAAAUCUCUGUAUAGUUAGUGCCUGUCAUAUUACUCAUACCCAUACUAGUUAGUCGUACACUAUUACUAGCAGCACCGUCAAUGUACGGUCUAGGCUAAGUAGUAGCUUUGCAGAAAAGGUCAAUAACAGGGAGAAUUCGGCUCAUAAAAUACACAGCAUGUACGUUGUACCGGCUCACAUUCACCGGUUUUAUUUGCGCUCUUAUAUACAAAGCCGCACGUAAGCAAAUGUGAACCACGGAGAUUGGUAGGAAGUCGUGCAUGAAACGUCGCAUCAGAAAUAGCAAUCAUGUUUCAAUCGGCUCCUCUACCGACGAUACGGUUGUGAUUCAUGAACUUGCAAAUUCAAACGUGCAUGCAUGCGCGUGCAUCAUCUGAAUCUUUAUUCGCCUUCCGCUUCCAUUUAUCUACUGCCCACAUACUCGGGAGUGUAGUCUAAUGUGACGUACAUUUCUUAGUUGUCCGCUUUUAUCGUUCAAUUCUAUUCGCUAGUUUAGCUGUUUUCUCUACAUCGAAAACGUGUAAAUGCUUGUCUACAUGGCCAUCUCUUAUUAUAUAUAGCGGUAUAAUCGCUAUACAUUUCAAUAGCGAUAUCAACUGGAGAUAUUUUCGCCACAGUCUAGCCGGCAUGAUCUAUGCGUCUGAACGCUAAGUAUAAGAUCGGCCUUGCACGUAGUUAGCUAAUAGUUCUGUAAACUACAGGUAAACUAUUAUGUAUUCUAAUUUUGUUAAUGAUGUUACGUUAUUAAAUCUGCUCUCUGCCUUUUAUGUGAAAUGUCGUGUAUUUUCUUACCAUCGUAUUUUUUUAACCGUUAUCAUGAAAUUAAUGACCUUUAUAACAUCAACCGCCCUUUCUCAAGCUACUAUGCUCAAUGUACCGAGAAAAUUACAUCCGCCUAAUUUCUAAAUCGCCAGCGGCAAAAAAUUCCAUCUAAUUCUACUUAUAACUUGUCGGAGAAACUAAACUAUCGGAAUGAUUGUCCUCUAUUGGUCGACGGCUAUACGCGGGUUGUUAAAAACGUUGAACGUUUUUAACGACUUAGAGCAGCUUUAAAUUAUAAUAAUAAAAUGAGUUAAAGUUGUCUAUUAACUAAUGAAGCUUUCAUUGAUGAAGUUAUAAGAUGUUGUCAUUUGGCUGCUUAAAGUAACGUGUAUAGUAAGUACAUUGA